AUGAAGCAGCCUGAGCUGGCCCAGCGUGUCACCUCCUGCCAGCUGCCAUACCCUGCCGAGCCGCCCCAGGAGGAGGCAGCUUGGAGGGGCUCUGAGGGCACAGCGCUGCAGGAAAACAUUCUGCUCCUCUGUGGGAGCCUAGGGACGGGUGGCCUCUGGGACAUUGGGUAUGGGGCUUGCAGUCAUUCUGAUGUCCCUUUGCCUCACAGACUGGAGGAGGUUCCCCUCGAGGUGUUGCGGCAGCGUGAGUCCAAGUGGCUGGACAUGCUCAACAACUGGGACAAGUGGAUGGCCAAAAAACACAAGAAGAUCCGGCUGCGGUGCCAGAAGGGGAUCCCACCCUCAUUGCGGGGCCGAGCGUGGCAGUACCUCUCCGGCAGCAAGGUCAAGCUGGAGCAGAAUGUUGGCAAGUUUGAUGAGCUGGAUCUCCUCCCGGGGGAGCCCAAGUGGUUGGAUGUGAUCGAGCGGGAUCUCCAUCGGCAGUUCCCCUUCCACGAGAUGUUUGUCUCACGUGGAGGCCACGGGCAGCAGGACCUGUUUCGGGUGCUGAAGGCCUACACUCUGUACCGCCCAGAGGAGGGCUACUGCCAGGCCCAGGCCCCGAUUGCUGCUGUCCUGCUCAUGCACAUGCCAGCCGAGCAAGCGUUCUGGUGCCUGGUGCAGAUCUGUGAGAAGUACCUCCCCGGCUACUACAGCGAGAAGCUGGAGGCCAUCCAGCUGGACGGGCAGAUCCUCUUCUCGCUGCUGCACAAGGUCUCACCCGUGGCCUACAAGCAUCUGAGCAAGCAGAAGAUUGACCCCAUCCUGUACAUGACGGAGUGGUUCAUGUGCGCCUUCUCUCGCACGCUGCCCUGGAGCUCCGUGCUGCGUGUCUGGGACAUGUUCUUCUGUGAAGGGGUGAAGAUCAUUUUUCGUGUGGGCCUGGUGCUGCUCAAACACACCCUGGGCUCCUCAGACAAGCUCAAGUCAUGCCAGGGCCAGUACGAGACCAUGGAGCGGCUGAGGGCCCUCAGCCCCAAGAUCAUGCAGGAGACCUUCCUGGUGCAGGAGGUGAUCGAGCUGCCGGUGACAGAGCGGCAGAUUGAGAGGGAGCACCUGAUCCAGCUGAAGAAGUGGCGUGAGACACAUGGGGAGCUGCAGUGCAAGUCCCCCCCGCGCCUGCACGGUGCCAAGGCCAUCAGCGAGGCCGAGCCCCCCACCCGCAAGGCACUGGAGCCCGUGCCCUCCAUCAUCGUCCCCCCCGGGCCCGCCCCGGUGCCCAAAGCCCGUAAGAGCAAGGAGAAAAACCGUGAGAAGGCCUCCAGCAGUCCCACCAACAGCCCCGGGGCUGAGGGCAACGGGGCUCCCGGCUCUGCCCGUGAGCUGCUGCACCCCCAGAGCUCCCCCCACCACCAGUCCAAGGAGAGCUUGUGCUCACGGGAGAGCGAGGACACGUACUUGUAGGGCCGGCGCAGCCCCACGGCCGGGCUCAGCUGGGCUGUGUUCGGACCCGGGCUCCAGGACGCUGUUCCCUCUGUGGCCGAGGACAGGAGGGGACCCCAGGGUGGGAGGGAACCCUCGUGGCGCCUGGCAAUGGGGGCUCGGGGCUGGAGGGAGCAGGACGUGGCCGAUGCGGGCUCGUGUGGCACCGUGGGGGCACCGUCUGGGUGCCCAUUUAGGGUCCCGUGGGGUGACAGGUGGGAGCUCAACCCAGCGCGGUGACACGGGGACGCAUCCAGCCAUGCUGUCCCCAGCCCUGCAGGGUGCUGGCACCACGGUGGUGGGAGCCCUGGCACAGGGUGGCUGAGCCACCCGAGCUCCCCUGCCGCCCCUCAGGGGCCAGGCACGAGACCCCCUCCUCAUCCCCUCACCCCCCCUGCAUCCCUUCCCCCAUCCCCUGCCCACCCCACACUGUCGGGGCAAAACCCAGACCCAGUUGCCCAUUGCUUGGGGCUGGGGGUACGUGAGGAGUCGGGAGCAGCCACUGCCCCCCCUUCCCCUCCUCUUUAUCUAGUGAGGAUGUAUCAAGCUGUAGCCCAAUAUGUAGUAUGAAUUUACCUAUUCACUGAGCCUAUUUAUUAUUCCUCCGUGGCAGUAACUCUUGCAGGCUGGGGGCCGAGGUUGGGAACUGCAGGCGGGACGCACCGGAGGCAGUGGGAUUCGAAAGCAGACCCCGUGCCCUGCAGGGCCGAGGUGAGCCGGGGCUGCGGGUGCUGCCCGCUGCGGGGUCCCCUCUUAUCCCCCCUACCCGUCGCCGUGGGCAGGGGGAGGCUUUGUAAAAUACAGCGGGGCAACGUGGUUUUGUACAAAGGGGAAAUAAAGCAGGAUUGUGUAAAGGCG